ACUAUUGGUCGUUGACGCGCACGCAACACACCAAUAGUGCGCUUUCACGUUAUUCUACGGGUUUACUAGCGCUAACUCCGCUUAUGUGAAUCCCGAGGAGCACUCUGACACAAAAAUCGAGCCCAACCUAAGACGCAGGCUUAUGUUUACGUUGCACAGGCAGCAGUCGUUUAAUAGAAAUGGCAGACGAGUCUCUGUUUGACUUUCUCCAUAUGGAGAUCGUGUCACAUGUUUACAAGGAGCAUCAAUCCAGUAAAGGAGCGAUGGACAACAAGGACAGAGCUGUCUGUGUUUCUGUCCUCGAGAGCAUGGGCUUCAGGGUGGGACAAGGACUCAUUGAGAGGUUGACCAGGGACUCUCCCAGCUUUAAGGAUGAGUUGGAUAUAAUGAAGUUCAUCUGUAAAGACUUCUGGACAAAGGUGUUCAGGAGGCAGGUCGACAACCUCAGAACAAACCAUCAGGGUACUUAUGUUCUACAAGACAACAAGUUUUCUCUGCUUACACAACUGUCCAGUGGAAAGCAGUACCUGGAUCAGGCUCCCAAGUACCUCGCUUUUUCAUGCGGUGUGGUGAGAGGAGCUCUGUCUAACCUUGGUCUGGACAGCGUGGUAACAGCCGAGGUCUCUGUUAUGCCAUCCUGUAAGUUCCAGGUGGUGAUCCAGAAGUUGUGAUCUGAUCCUCUCUGCUAUCCUGUUGUUGAUGAACGGGGCCCUGUGGGGUUCUGUUAAUCCUAGGAAAGCAGUUCCAGUUCCAAACAUUUCCAUAUCUGUGUCAAACAGGAUUAACCAGGUUCUGCUGACAACCCGGUCAGGGUCAGACAGGGUUUACCUUUUACUUGUCUUACUCUGAUAGAAAACAAGAUUUAUUCAAUUCUUUUUGCAUCUUGUUUUUGACAGGUUAUUUUCUCAUUUGAGCAAAAUAAUGUACCAUGUUCUCAACUUGAGUUUUCACUCAACAAGCGAAGGCCUAGCCCUGACUGAUUCCUCUUGACUGAGCUUUGAAAAGAAAUUGACUGUCAUUGGCUGUGAACACAAUAACGUGAAUGUACAGUAAAUCACAUGGUAAUGUAAUAUGUCUUUGUAAUGUGAUGCACUGUUGAGUCUCUAGACUGGCUGAGUGCUUAUUAAGAAAUAAUUGAAAAUGUUAAAAAAAAUCAGCAGAAUUUAGGAUGAGACCUCAUUUUGGAUGGUAUUUCAGAACUGCCGUAAGAUCUCUUUUAGCAUUCAUCCAGAUGAUGGCUAGUAAAACUUUGAAACACGCAGCAGAUUCAUUAUUCACCACUUGUUUCACUGAGCAGCUGCAACCAGCUCCUGGUGCUUCACUCUGCCUUGUAGCAGGUUGCCUUUAGGAGCUGUGUGUUUCAUGUAUGCUGGUGGUCAUUUUAAAUUUCAGUUCAUUUUAGGCAGAAUGCAAAUCUGGGAUGAAUCGCUGGUACAGAAAAUUAUGUUACAUUAUUCAAUCUGUCAGCAGGUUUAAGGCCUACCUUUUCUACAAAUUUGAAAGUGUAAUGACAUCAAGUUAGUGAGUCACUCUGUUUCUGUGUCACAUUUCAGAGUUGACGGCUCAAACUGGGUUUACAGGCUGUUAUUUUUUGUACCAAGAUGUACAUUUUUUUGUCCUUUCUACAACAUUGAUAUAUAUAGUCUUUUAUUUUCUCAGUAUAUAGUAGUGACUGAAUCGUGCUAUAAAUCUUUGGAAUCAUCUCAAAUGGAUUUGUUUCUAUAUUUGUUAAUGACACCCCUGCUUUGCUUAAAGAUCCCCCCUUACAUAUGAGUUCCACAGCAGCUUAAAAAUGUACAGCCAUAAGUAUGUGUAUUUUGUUUUAUUUAUUUUAUUUUCUCUCAAUGGAGUAAUAAUGUCAUGACAAGAGCACCACAAAAACAAUGCCUGUUGUUUUUCAAAAGAAAAGACACCACACUGAACACAAUUCACCUCACUGGUAGAUGCUGUUGCCUCUUUGAGCCACGAGGGGGACAUAAAGCUCUUAUUAUUAUUCUAAUCUAUGGUGCUCCACCAGUUUGCCAGUUUACAAUUUUGAGAGGUUAUGUUCAGUAUCUCCUUUAUUGUUCUAUCUUGUUCUCACAAAUUUCUUUUUUUUUUUUUUCAAUCACUCCCAGGGUUUGUCUGGGGAGAACAGAGAACCCAUAGUUCAGCAAACUUGGAUUUACAGUGCACUGAAAAACACCCCUUGUGUAUUUAUUCAUAUUAUGCAACAGCUUUUAUUUUUGUCUCUGCUCUAAUAAAGUACCUCUGACAGUGUUCCAGUAUUCCACUGCCAUCUGUGUAAUAGUUUUACAGAAUAAAGGUCAUUACUGGGCACUUUAUCCAUUUAAUGUGCUCCAAA